AUGGGAUCCGAGGAAUUUUGUACUCAAUUGCAUGAGUUUACCUUAGAAAACAGAAUCGAAUGGCAUUUUAAUCCACCGAAUUUACCACAUUUCGGCGGCCUCUGGGAGGCCGCUGUGAAGUCGAGCAAGCACCAUUUAAAACGGGUAAUGCGCGAUCUCUUGUUUACAUACGAAGAAUUGAACACUCUAGCGGUAGAAAUCGAGGCAAUUUUGAAUUCGAGACCUUUAUGUCCUCUUUCUACUGAUCCAAACGAUCCAAUCGCAUUAACGCCUGUACAUUUGCUUAUUGGCAGACCUUUCACAAUGCUGGAAAAUGAUUUCUCUUGUGUUGCAGAUAAUCGCUUAUCAUCAUGGCAAUUGAUUACAAAGAUUCGACAAGAAUUUUGGCGACGAUGGCAAUUAGAAUAUUUAACGGAAUUACAGAAACGACAAAAAUGGAUUAAAAAGGAUGUUAAUCUGAAACUGGACUCUAUUGUCUUACUAAUUGACAAAAAUCAACACUGUAUGCAGUGGAGGCUGGGAUGGGUGGCCGAGUUACAUUCAGGGGACGACGGCGUAGUCAAAGUGGUCACGAUUAAAACCUCACACGGAACAUUCAAAAGAAAUGCGACUUCUCUCUGUCCGUUACCUACGGACGCUUAA